AACUAGAAUAAAUCGCUAUAAGAUGAAAGGAAAAAGAAAACUGCACAUGUUUCACGACUGUGUCAAUCACAUGUUGCCCUUGGCUCGCUUUAGUUCAAAUUAGCCUCCACCGUCAUCAUGAUUCGAACAAUUAGCUAUCGCUCCGACACCCAAUAGUUCCCAGUCUAAAUCCGGUAAAAGCGGCGUCAACAUGGUACUACUCGUAGCAGUGGAACUUCUUUCCGUUUUCGUUAUCACCCUAAUAGCCGCGCUUUAUCUCUACUACCGACACUGCUUCUCAUACUGGAAAAAAAGAGGAGUCCCGCAACUCAACCCAUCUUUUCCCGUGGGAGACCUAGCAAGCGCGGCAUGGGGCAAAGAGAGCGUGUACCUGCGCUUGCAGCACCUCUACCACAAGUUCAAGGACGCCGGACACAAAUUCGGGGGGAUUUAUUUCACCAACGGCCCGAUUUACUUUCCGGUGGAUCCCGACUUGGUGAAGAGACUCUUGGUGUCAGAUUUCGACCACUUCGUCGAUAGAGGGAUGUACAUAAACGAGGAGAAAUUGCCUUUAAGUGUGCACAUUUUUUCCAUGAAGGGUGAGCAGUGGAGAAAUGUUAGAAUCAAGUUCACACCUACUUUCACUUCCGGGAAGAUGAAGAGUAUGUACAACAUUUUGGUGAAGAUUUCGAAGAAUCUGGUGGACAUACUUGAACCAUUUGGAGCGCAGAAAAUGGAAGUGGAUAUGAAAGAACUCCUGUUGAGGUACACAACUGAUAUUAUUGGGUCCACAGCCUUUGGAGUUGAUGUUAAUAGUUUGACGUACCCCGAGACAGAGUUUGCCCGAAUGGUGGCGAUGAUUUUCAACAGUCCUCCGUGGAAAUUGCUCAAGAUGGCGUUCCAGGAAGGGUUACAGAACCCCGGGAACAUUAUAAAGAUCGCCCACGACAAUAAAACAGUACAGACGUACUUUAACGAUCUGGUGAAAAAAACUGUAGAAUAUCGAGACCAAAAUAACGUCGUUAGAGACGAUUUUUUGAACAUGUUGAUGCAACUGCGGUCUAGUGGUAUGCAGCUUCCGGAGAUAGUUUCUCAGUCUUUCCUAUUUUUCACCGCUGGGUUUGAAACAUCGUCUUCUACCAUGAGUAACUGCAUACACGAGUUAGCCCACAACCAGGACAUACAAGACAAGCUUAGGAAAGAAAUUCAUGAAAAACUGGGGAGGGAGUCUUCUACCUACGCAUAUGAAGAUGUUUUGGGCUUACCGUACUUAGACAAAUGUAUCAAAGAAACUUUGCGGAAGUACCCUCCAGUGGCCAUGCUUAACCGAAUUUGCAUCAAGAAGUAUCAAGUUCCCGGAACUGAUGUUAUCAUUGAGGAAGGUACCCCUGUUCUUGUGUCAGUACUCGGUCUGCACCGAGACCCUGAGUACUUUCCGGACCCUUUGGAGUUCGAUCCAGACCGUUUCAGCUCUGACAAUAAUGUCGUACCUUACACGUAUCUACCAUUUGGUGAGGGUCCCAGGAACUGUAUUGGUUUGAGGUUUGGUCUAAUGCAGACGAAGCUCGGGCUUGCUACGCUUUUGAACGACUUCAAGUUCUUGCCGAGUCCGAAGUCUCCGAGACAUCUGGCUGUUGAUCCGAGUACUACGACUAUUGUGUUUAAUAUUCUGGGUGGUGUUCAUACCAAAGUAGUUAAGGUUUAAGGUUGUGGGAUAAAAAUCUCGCAGAAAUUAUGAGUAGGUAUAAAUUAUACCAUGGUGUAAGUUUAGUUGUUUUUCGUGAUCUGUUAAUAAAAGUUGCGUGCAAAUUGUAACAAAAAUUGGAUAAUAGCUGUUUACAGUGGUACUGCUCAACCGGCACAAGUUUCGUGUUAUUGUUAAUAUUUGGUAAUGAAUAGUUUGUCGUUUGUUAAGUAAACGUUUACACAUAUUGAUUAAGAAGCAUGUAUUUUUGUAGUUAUAAUCUUAAUUAUGCACAAACAACAAAAGUCUGAGGCUUAUUUUUAAAUAUUGGCAUUGUGAAUGUACAUAAAUAAAACUAUGUGUCCCGGA